AUGGCGUCGUUCUACCCACAGCAGAUCGUGUGGAAAAUAUGUGCCAGCAAGGCCGGCUCACCGCCGGCCACCACAACACAAGACUCACGCGAAGGCAUACGCUCUUUCCGCUUUCCGUGUGCGUCUCCCGGUAAUUUGCCGGACCUCCGUUCCCCUCCCUCAGGAGCCAUCCCGCCCGAGCUUGGGCGACUCCACUCCCUUACGGAUCUUCGUCUGUACUGCAACCAUCUCUCCGGCGGCAUCCCGCCGGAGCUAGGAAAUCUCCAUGCUCUCAAGAAGCUAGUGGUCUACAGCAACGACCUCUCCGGGACGGUUCCGCCGGAGCUGGAGGGGCUACGGGCUCUGGAGGAGCUCCUUUUGUCGGACAACAAGUACCUCCUAGGCGACAUCCCGCCGGGGCUGGACCGAAACCUCGCUCUGAACAGGCACACGAAGCAGCUCCCCGCCGGCGUACUCGCGGGCAUGUUUUCUCCGAUUGGUAGCUCUCGCUGGGAGGACGCCACGCUGGAGGACGAUUCGAAAACGAUAUUCUCUAUCUUCUCCGUAGAUGGCAACGAAGCAGUGACUCCUGCUGAUUCUCGUGCCCCUUCAGCUGAUCCUCCAUUCGCUGGUGCUGGCGCUGCUGGUGCUACCGGUGGUGGUGGUGCUACUGAGAAACAGCGGGAGCGCCAAGGGGGAAGGCGACGGAGGGAACGAGCCAGAGCCAAUAAGCCCCGGGUGGCGAAAGUGUUAGAUUCGAUGGCAGAGGCGUGGCACGUCGUGGUGCCGAUUGCCGACGACGCCACCAGCGUCUGGCUGCUGGUUAAGGUAGCGGCGGCGAGGAUGGGCCCGCUGUGGUGGGUCAGCGCCGCCGCGCUGUCGGCGGCCGGCCUGGAGCGCGCGUGGCUCGUCCUCACGCUCUGCGCCGUGCUCGCCCUGAUGCCGCUCCUAGGGAUCGUUCGCGUCGUGCUGGCCGCGCUGGCGUGGUGCGCCAGGCUGUGCACGUUUCCCCCCGGCACCGUGUGCUGCCUCUGCGUU